AUGGCAUCCUUCAUGCAGUCUCUGCCGGUCUGCUCGGCUUCUCGCAAGCAGUCAACCGCUGUUCCCUUCUAUCUGCACAAAGCUUCACAAUCCAGAGUCUCGUCAGGGACGCGUAGCUCCUUCUCCUCGCUAUGUUCUUCCGCUAGAUUGACCCCCUCUCAACUCACUUCUCGUCACUCCUCCCAAAUCAUCUCUCAGCCCCAGGUUGCCGCCCAGCAAUGUCGGACUUUCCUCGUUCAACUCAAGCGGCAAUCUCAGACACUCAAGGAAACCCCGGUAUCGCAACCGCCGCCCAACCUGCAACUCACGAACCUCCCUUAUUUCAUCCGUCGCACAGCCUCCAACCAGCUCCCCGUAUAUCUCGUCACUAAAGCCGGCGGUACCAAGCAACAAACCAAGCUCCAGAAGACUGAAGGCGAUUUGGAUGCCCUGAGGAACGAUCUGGCGCAGUACCUGGGACUGGAGUCGGGUGACCCCCGCGCUCCCAAGAGCCCGGAUGUGACUAUUAACCGUCUUAACGGUCAUAUCAUUGUCAAGGGCUGGCGCAAACCUGAGAUCCUGAAGUUCCUCCAGGAACGCAACUUUUAA